AUGCCGCCAAGCAAGCUUCGUGAAGCAACUGGCGGUAGCUCGCGAAGUGCUGCGUCGAGGCGCUCACAUAAUGUGUUUACUGAUAACCCUAUUGUGAGCGGACCCCGCACCAGCAGAUCAAAGAGAAGGGUAGUGGAGGUGGAAUCUAGCGAAGAAGAAGAAGAAGACCUGGAAGACCAGGAAGAAGAUGAGGUUGACGAUGAAGAUGCACCCGGGGAGGAUGAUGAAGAUGAGGACGCCGACGGCGAUGUGGACAUGGAUGACGCCCCGCCUCAGCCUCCAGUAUCAAGAAGGAACGCAAAGGCUGCUGCAACCUCUGCACCCAGCAGGAAACCGGCCAAGAGCGUCGAGGCGAAAGAAAUGGAGCUGGACGAGGAAGAGGAAGAAGACGAAGAGGACGAAGAAGAAGAGGAAGAGCUUUCUGAGCCGGAUUCGGAUGCAGAUGGCGAGCCAGACGACCAAGAAGAGGGCGUGACGAUUACUCUAAAUGAUGGUGAAGAGCCAGAUGAUGAUGAAGAGGAUGACGAAGAUCUCGACAGCGAAGAUGGAACACCCGGUGACACCAGCAAAAUGACCAAGCGACAGAGGGGCAACUUGGGCAACGACUUCUUGCAACUGCCUAUGGAACCGCAAAUAAAGAAGCACCUGACAGCGGAAGAGCGAGCGAUGCGCCGUACUGAAAUGGCCCGACGUCGAAAGAACCUUAGUGAGAAGCGGAACGAAGAAGAAAAGAUGGAUACAAUCAACAGGCUUCUACGGAAACAGGCGCCAAAACGUCGUGGACGAAUUCCUGCUGCUGAAGCCGCCGAAAACGCUGCUGCGGACCAGGAAACGGCAGUACCGGAAUACGAACCCGUGGACCCGACCAUGGUGAGAUUCGUCAGUGGCCGUGGAGGGAGCAAAGUUGCCGUGCCAGAAGAAUGGAUCGGAGCUCCUGCGGGACGUAUAUUUGGAGGGACUCCGAGGAAACUCGUUGAGGAAAUAUAA